CUACAAUAUUGCGCAUAUCGACUCCACCACAUCCCACAAAAUAUCCAACACAAUGGCCAACAACAGCGACGAUGAAGAUCAAUCACAGGAUCAGACAAGGUCGAAACGCGCUCCAAAUUUUUCUCCUGAAGAAGACGAACAGCUUGCGAAGAGCUGGGCUGUCAUAUCUCAAGAUCCCAUCCGAUCGAAUCAGCAAGGAAAAGAUGAAUUUUUCGCAAGGAUUGCUGAUAAUUACAACAAGUACACUCCUGGACCUAAGAGGGAUGCCCAGAAGCUCGGAACCAGGUGGAAGCUCAUCCAAAGGCCGAUUCUUCGUUUUGGGGCGAUAUACGAUCAAAUCGCUCAAAAUCCAGCAUCGGGUUCGGCACCGUCUGAUUGGUUACGCAAAGCAAAGCAAACUUUUCUCGAGACCGAAGGGAGGGCAUUCGCAUGGGAAAGCGCCUGGGAGCUCCUCAAGACAAUUCCAAAAUGGCAGACGAUGGGUAAAGGGAAAGCGAAAAAAACUGUUCGACCGUCAGCAAGUGGGUCUAAUCCUAACCCUGUCCUGUCUCCGAAUCCGGCAACCCAAGUACGAUCAGGCAAUUCAACCUCAGAAGCUGAGAGUCCAGUGCCCGAAUGGAAGCGACCAGAGGGUAUCAAGAAGGAAAAACGUAAGGUUGAGGAGAGCGAGUUCCGCCGCAGGAAGCUCAAGCUGCUUGAAAAAGCCACCAACGAUGCCGAACGAAGGAUUGUUGCAGCGAAUCGUUUGAACGAGAUUCAAGAGCGGUUGGCUGUCACCGAGGAGCGGAACUCCGAGAUGAGGGUGAUGAUGCAAAAGCUGGAUGAAUGCCCCGAUGACGAUGCACGCGAAUAUGUCUUGGCGCACAGGAAGAUAAUCCUUGAUAAAAUCAGAAAUCCUCCGCCCCCUCGCAAGGAAUCGCAACGCGCAAUUCAAGAUGAGGCUGCCACGACGACCGAGCAAGGAGGUUCUCGCAAUCAAUUGGAGGUUCGUGAUUGCUCGGACUAUCGCGAACAAUUACAGGGGCUCACUCAUUCUCGUAUGGAUGGUCUCUCCGAUGAUCAGGACGAACGAGACGAGCAUGAAGUUUCCAACGAAAAUGACGAUCUCCCUGACGACUUAGUCAUCCAAAGACAAACCGGAACUCGGCUCACCCGUCGCGAAGCAAUCAACCCAGCAUUGUUGUAAACACUUAGUCAAGUCCAGGAUAUAUCUACUCACUUUGCUUAGGUUGUAUCUACUCCUUUUUUUCAGACCUUUUAUGAGGCAUAGGAAAAAAA